UGUUUUUCUGUUGGAAUGAAAAGAUUGGAUGUUGGAUAUGUACGUCAAGAUAUAUGCCGGGAAGCAAUGGAAGGAAAAGGGAACGAAAUUAAAGUAAAAGUCUAUUUUUUAAUAAUGACGGAUCCGUACACGCUAACGUGA